UAAUAGUUUUUAUUGUGUUGUGACUUGUGCUGUGACGAAGAUGGUUGUUUGCGGAGUAAUAUCAUUUUCGACUCUAUUUUUGUGCCUGUUCCAAGGUGUAACCAGUUUGAAAGACGUUCAGCUCCUAGUCGAACCUUCAACCGUAAUCAAAGGAGGAACAGCCGCUCUCAUUUGCUACAGAGACAUGCAAGGCGCGCCGUUAUACUCCGUCAAGUGGUAUCGUGGCAACCACGAAUUCUUCAGGUACACUCCUUUAGAGGUGCCUGAAACAAGAGUAUUUGGACUGCCAGGGAUUUAUGUUGAUAUGAAUCGUUCCAAUGGUACCCAAGUACUACUCCGGCGCUUGGAACUCGGUCUCGCCGGGAAUUUCUCUUGCGAAGUAACGGCUGACUCCCCAUCCUUCGCGACGCAGAUAGCUACGAAGUUCAUCGAUGUUAUAGCGUUACCAACUCUGUUACCUGUGCUCGUAACUGACAAAGACCACUAUCAGCCCGGAGAGACGUUGCGAGCGAACUGCACAUCACCUCCGUCGAGACCAGCUACCAAUCUCACAAUUUUUGUGAACGAGGAACCGAUCAGUGCAUCGGAAACCAGCUUACAUCCAUCAGAAAGCGGUCUACUAUAUGCAAAAGUCAACGUGGACUUGAAAGUGACUCCUGAACUAUUCCCUGGAGGAAGACUGAGGGUGGCAUGUUACGCGACUUUAUACGACGUUUAUAAUCAAUCUGCGAAGCUCGACUUCUUGACUCCAGAAACAGAUCCCAGACCCGAGAGAAUAACUCUUGGUGGUGGCGCAUCCAUGUGUUUCCUGAAUUGGAUUCUACUGCUGUUCUUAGUCUUUCUACCGAUGCUCGUGAGGGGAGAAGACUACGGUCUUCUAGACGACGAACUAAACAGCCAAUUCUCGUAUUAUGACGAGGGGAGUGACCAAAACGCUCUCAUUUCUCUGGUUGGUGGGUAAACGAAAAUUUGUAACCGUUAGAAUAUAAUAUAAUGAUAAGACAGACGAAUUUAGAUUAUAAAUAUUAAUCUAUUUGUUAAAUAUUGAAUCUUAGUUAAGCUGCACAUAUUAUUAAUAAGUUAUAUAAUACGUAGUUAUUGUGUUACAUUAUUUAUAUAAUUAUUAUUAUUAAAUAAGCAUUGCUUUAAAAGUCACCAAAUGUUUAAAAAAUUAAA